AUGGCGGGAGAGGACAAGAAGCGGCGGCUACUGCGGCAAUGGUGGCUGCGAACCUUCGCUUCAGCUCCUCGCCAGGAGGAGAGCGAGCCUCUGCAGUGGAACGGAGAUGCGGUCCUCCUGCUGUCUCGUGAUCGAGACCUCCUGAGUGCGAGCGAGAAGGAAAGUUUGAGAGAGCGGAGGAGGGACCAUCGAUGGGAGGAGAUGAUGAGGGGAGAGAGCAGCGGGCAGAGGAGAAACUCCUUCCUGUCUGAAAGAUCUCUGCUGGAGGAUGACUGUCAUGGUCGAUCGGGAGAGUGGAAACUCAGAUGCUCUCCGGAUACAUUCAGCUGUUUGAAACUGUCAGGCAAGCAGCAGGAUCAGCAGAAUCGAUGCACGCGAAGUUUUGAGCUGCGAGCUGAAUGCUCAAGGAAGAGCAUGUUAAAGCGGAUUAGAUGUACAGAGAGAUGGUCGCUAACGUACAACCCGACGUUCAAUCAGACGGUUGGAGGAGAGAGAAAGCAGGAGAGGCGACAGAUACGCCUCAAUCGAAAGGAGAGGAGUAAAGGCGAGAAUGCGAGGCCCAUGGAGGAUGAUUUGAAGAGCAAGACGACCAUGGUCGGACACGUGCAUGCGAUCGGGAGGACUAGAUCUCAACUGCGGCUGAAAGAAAGCAUGAACAGGAGACGAAGUGAGCAGACUGACACGAGCGAGGGGGUGGAGCGAAUUUCGAGGAUAUCGUCAAACUCAUCAGCGCACAAGUCAGACUCAGAGCCAUCGAGACUGACGAAUGAGCAAGAGAGAGAAGAGGCAGCAACAAAGAUCGUCAGGUUCAUUCAAAGCCAGAGACGCCGGGUUGCAGAGAGGGAGGAAAAGAGGAAAGAGCGCGAAGAGGAUACCUCUCUCUCGCUGCUUCGAUGGCAGGAGAUAGACGAGCUGCUGGAUCAGGAAGAGAGUCAGGCAGAGCUGGAGAAGAUUGGCAAGAGAGUUCAGGACCUUGACCUCUUCUCCAUGCACGAGAAACAUGCGCAUACAAACUUUCGGCGGCUUGCUCGCUUGUGUUUGGACGACUGGGAGCGUUUCAUCCGGUCCGAGAACUCAUACAAGAAUGUUGAGAACAUGGCGAAGGUGGCGCUGCAAGACUGGACCAAGGGAAACAGAGACAGUGCAGCAGACACGCUGGAACAGGCGAAGACUUGUCUUGAGCAGGCGGAGGAGCUGGCAAGUAACGUGCAGUUGAGCACACUAGGACGAGCUCUUGAUAAGAUCAACGAGAUGAGGCAGCAGUCCAUAAAGAAUCUCUCCGUGUACCUGGCGAUGGAGGAGACCGACGACAUCUCGCGGCAGUACGUGCGGUCGAGGAGACGCAAGGCGUACGUGGGGCACAAUCUCGCCAGCAGCGACAUUCAGAGCCAGAUCCUGCAGGAGCACCUCGUGAAGAAGAGCUGGCAGUCGCAAGGGCAAUCUACCCCGAACCUCCUUGCUCACAGGAUGGAGGAGCGGCAGAGGGAGAAGCAUUUUCGCAUCUUCAAUCAGAAUGUGAUGCUAAAGUCGAAGUGA